CAUUUGUUUCACCUCAUUAUAAGGGCCAGUCGCUGCUAAAUUAUUCGGUAGUAUCUGCGCAUCUCUGGAUCUACCAAUUCGGGCUCAUCAAUCGAAACUUAAAGCUACUCUCAUUGCACAAACCUCUUUCAUCCCCGCAUUAACCCCUCCACCGACACCAUGUCCUCCAAGUCGCAAUUGACCUACACUGCCCGUGCCAGCAAGCACCCCAAUGCUCUGGCCAAGAGGCUGUUCGAAAUUGCUGAGGCCAAGAAGACCAAUGUGACCGUCUCGGCCGACGUUACCACCACUAAGGAGCUACUAGAUCUUGCUGACCGUCUCGGUCCCUACAUCGCCGUGAUCAAAACCCACAUCGAUAUUCUCUCCGACUUCAGCGACGAGACCAUUGAGGGCCUCAAGGCUCUUGCGCAGAAGCACAACUUCCUCAUCUUCGAGGACCGCAAAUUUAUUGACAUUGGCAACACUGUCCAGAAGCAAUACCACCGUGGUACCCUCCGCAUCUCGGAAUGGGCCCACAUCAUCAACUGCAGCAUCCUGCCCGGCGAGGGUAUUGUCGAGGCUCUCGCUCAGACGGCGUCUGCACCGGACUUCGGCUACGGUCCCGAACGUGGUCUGUUGAUCUUGGCGGAAAUGACCUCUAAGGGUUCCUUGGCCACCGGCCAGUACACUACUUCUUCGGUCGAUUAUGCCCGGAAAUACAAGAACUUCGUCAUGGGAUUUGUGUCGACCCGCUCGUUGGGUGAGGUGCAGUCGGAAGUCAGCUCUCCUUCGGAUGAGGAGGACUUUGUGGUCUUCACGACUGGUGUGAACAUUUCCUCCAAGGGAGAUAAGCUCGGUCAGCAGUACCAGACGCCCGCAUCGGCUAUCGGUCGGGGUGCUGACUUCAUUAUCGCGGGUCGCGGUAUCUACGCCGCGCCGGACCCGGUGCAGGCUGCGCAACAGUACCAGAAGGAAGGUUGGGAGGCGUACCUGGCCCGUGUCGGCGGAAACUAAUACUAUAAAAGGAGGGAAAAAGUUUUGAUGGUUAUGAAUGAUAUAGAAAUGCAACUUGCCGCAACGAUACGCAUACAACCUAAUGUCGAGCACGGAUAGUCAGAUUGCGGCAUCGGAUGUCAAAACGGUAUUGAUCCUGCAGGCUAUUAUGUGUGGCACGGGAUUAAUGCGGUACGACGAUUUGAUGCAGAUAAGCAGUUAGUCCUGUAACUCUUGCGUAGAGCAAAUGGCGACGGGUGGCUGAUAAGGGCGGUGAUAAGCUUAAUUGUUGUCGCAGAUAAGCAAUGCUGACUCGGCUUCAACUGCAUCCCAACCAGUUACUGCAAUUGAAGUACGAUACUUCCGAG